GCGCUCUCAACGCGCGCGUGCGCAAUGCCGUCUUCUCCUCCCGGAUGUGACGUCUCCGCGGCAGAGGCGUCACUUCCGCAAACAGGAUGGAGGAGGGCCGCGUUGGUUUAAUAUUUUGAUCAACAGUUAGGGAAUUUAACCUGUCAAAAAUGGCAGACUUAACCAAGACUGAAGAAAAGGAUGUAGAGAAGAGUUUGGAUGAAGAAGUGGAGAGAACAUCUCACGCUUCAGAGGCAGAUUUGGGUAUCAAUUUGGAAGGCAAUAGCUCAACUUCAGGUACAGCACACUCCACUGAAAAUGAGAAAAAACUUGCUAGUGGUGAUCAGGGCAGUGGCCUGAAAAGGAGUACAGCAGAUGCUGAAGAUGAACCUCCUAAGAAAGUUCCAAGAGAGGCAGGCCAUGGGCAAGCUGUAGCUGCACAUUAUAAUGAGCUUCAAGAAGUUGGGUUGGAAAAACGCAGCCAGAGUCGCAUAUUCUACCUCCGAAACUUUAAUAACUGGACAAAGAGUGUCCUCAUUGGGGAAUUUAUAGACCGUGUACGACAGAAGAAGAGUGAUAUUACUGUUCUGGAUCUAGGAUGUGGCAAAGGUGGAGACUUACUGAAAUGGAGGAAAGGCAGAAUUAAAAAACUUGUCUGUACGGAUAUUGCUGAUAUUUCUGUGCAGCAGUGCAAGCAGCGAUAUGAAGACAUGAAAGCACGAUGUCGCUAUAAUGAACGUAUUUUUGAUGCGGAAUUUAUACAAGCAGAUAGUACCAAGGAUCUUCUGUCUUCCAAAUACAGUGAUCCAGACACACGCUUUGACAUUUGCAGCUGUCAGUUUGUUUACCAUUACUCAUUUGAGACAUAUGAGCAGGCUGACAUGAUGCUUAAAAAUGCCUGUGGGAACCUCUCUCCUGGAGGUUAUUUCAUUGGCACAACUCCAAAUAGCUUUGAGCUUGUAAAACGCCUUGAAGCUUCAGAAACAAAUUCAUUUGGGAAUGACGUAUACAGUGUAAAAUUUGAGAAGAAGGGAGAAUAUCCCUUGUUUGGCUGCAAAUACGAUUUCCACUUAGAAGAAGUGGUUGAUGUUCCCGAGUUCUUGGUUUAUUUUCCGUUACUGGAAGAAAUGGCGAAGAAGCAUGGCAUGAAGCUAGUUUACAAAAUGACAUUUCGGGAAUUUUAUGAAGAAAAGAUCAAGAAUGAGGAGCAUAAGAUGCUGCUAAGAAGAAUGCAGGCCUUGGAGCCAUAUUCUACAUUUGGUGAUUCCAAGCUUGCCUCUGAUAAACCUGAUGAUUAUGAGCAUGCAAAAGAGUUUAUCAAAGAUGGCAAGGCAAAGUUACCAUUGGGAACGCUGAGUAAAUCUGAAUGGGAAGCAACAAGUAUUUACUUGGUAUUUGCCUUUGAGAAGCAGCUGUGAAACUUCACAUACUGGAUUCAGCAAGAGGAGAUCAUAUCCACGUGCAAGUUGGAGCGGUCAGAAAUCCAUUGUGGCAACUAUUUUUUUAUUUUUAUUUUUUAAUUAUCAGAAGUGUGCAGGACACUACCAAAAACGAGAGCAAGCUCACGAUUCUGAUAUACAUUGCCUGUCUGUGACAGAUGGACUUGUGUGUGUAUAUAUAAGAAUGAUUCUGAACCAGUCUUUUUAAGCAUUUGUAAGCAAUCUGAAUGCUCUCAAAACUUAUGUUUGAACUUGACACAAAUACAUGUUAGAAAAAAAUGUUUUGUUAGUAUUAUGUUUGUGAUUACCAGCCUGAUGCUGCAGUUUCUGAAGUUGAUGGAAAAUGACUGUUAACUUCAGUGAUGCAGAAUGAGGGCCUAAAUAUUGUAAUGCAAAGCUCAGUUAGUUCAUAAUGAGAUAUAUUCAGACAUGUAGGGUAUGUCUACAUUGCAUGCAGAGCUAAGUGACAAACAAUACCCAAGUUAGUUUGAGUACUUACGUGCUGUGCUCCAGCCUGCAGUGUAAAUCUACCUUAGUGAUAUUCAUAGUGUAGUUUACAUGGUAAAUUUUCAUGAUGUUUUUGGUGUUUGUUUUUUUUGCUUGCUGAUAUAUAGUGUCACUUCAUGGUGCUUCCAAGAUUAAACAAGUUUGUUGUGUACAAAGUUGCUCUAAAAGAACUGAAUUUCUGAAGUUUUAAAAAUCUUCAUUUUUCCUAGUAUAACUAUACGGUAAUCAAUAACAGCUGCUGAACUUAAAUUCCUGAACAUUUUCUAUUAUAUUAAAGACUGUCUUGACUUUUUGGUAGUUUUGAUGUCUCUUGAAACUUAUUAGACGGAUCUUAGGAUGUGUCUUGCUUGUUUCAUAAAAUUCCAAAUAGGCUUGGCAGAAGAAUGAGCUCUUAGUGGUGAUGGGGAUUUCACUGCAGUCCUUAAAGCAUUAAGAACAUGAUAAAGUACUGGAUCAUGAGCCAAAAAGGGAACCUGUAUAACAGCUGUGGGUACUGGAAAUUCACUCUGGUAGGGAUGGUUGCAUAUGUGCACACACGCCAUUAGAUGUAGGAAAUAAUUCCAAAGUGAGAGCCAAAUAUUCUGUUUGGGAAUAUAAACUAAUGCUGUUGAUAGGCAGAAUGAUACCUAACUCCUGUCCUGUUGCCUGCCACUCUCUUGGAGUUGGCACGGGGAUUUCUGUCACGGUGUUUACUCUUCCUUCAUCAUGCCAGUAGCUACCCACCAGUGAGAAGGUGUGGGUUACUUCAGGAUUUUUCUCUCCCUUCUUGAGCUAAGAGAUGUUUUUUGAUGCUGUUGGCUAUUUUAGUUUACAUACAGAUUAAAUGAUGGUGUUGAUGGCACACGAGUAUUUUUGCAAACCUAUAAUAAACCUAGAAAAGUAGUGUCACAGUCACGAGCACUACUAAAAUUUAAAAAAAGGCAAUAUUUUUUUUUACUAGAAAUAGUACUUAAGAAACUACUUGAAGUGUGCCAACACUUAAGAAGUGCUGAAGUGUUUCACUAAUUUCUUGUGCAUCAAAGCUGUUUUGUUAGAUUUCUUAUAUCUAAGUUUCAUUUGAAAGUACAUAGAUAUGCUAUUUUUGGAAGAAAUUAGAAUAAUAAAAAGGGGAGAAGUACAGUGGAGUGUCUUCUUUUAAGCUAAUUUCAGCAUAUUGGAAAUGAAAAUAAUGGAAUGGUUGAGAUCUGGAGGGGCACCUCUGGACAUUGUCUGAACUAACCCUUCCCCCUUCAAGCAGGCAACCUGUACCAUUGCUCGGUCACUCCCAUAGUAAAGAUGUGUUUGAUGUUUAGAUGGCAUCUCCUGUGUUUCAGUUUGUGCCAUUUGCCACCAGUCACACAUUACACAUUAGCCACCUUUUUUGGCAAGUGCAUGCUGCUGUCUUGUGUUCAAUUGGAGUCCACUAGAACCCCCAGUUCUUUUUCUGCAAAUCUGCCUUCCAGCUGGGUGGCCCACAGCAUGUACUGGUGGUCCCUGUCAUUGUUCUUCACCCGGUACAAGGACUUAGCACUUAACUGAAUUGUGUGAGGUUUCUAUUAGCCCAUUUCUCCUGCUUGUUGAGCUCCGUCUGGAAAGCUGCAGAACCCUCUGGUGUAUUGGCUAUUCCUCCCAGUUCUGUGUUAUUAGCAAACUUACUUGCGGAGGUUGUACUGUACCCCAUCCAGAUCAUUAAUGAAGAUGUUGGACAGGAUUGGACCUGGUAUUGACCACUUGGGUAGGCUGCUAGUUACUGGCUCCCAACUCCACUGAUCACUAUGCUCUGGGACUGUCUCUUCAAUUUCACCCAUUCUUCCUUAUCUGCUUGUCCAGCCUGUACUUAGUCAGCUUUUUCUAGGAGGAUCUUUGGAUAGACAGUGUCAAAAGUUUUCCUGAACUCUAGGUAGACAAUAUCUGCUACUUUCCCCUCAUUUACCAGGCCAGUUAUUUCAUAAUUAAAGUUUAUCAAGUUGGUCAAGUGUAACUUACUGUUGGUAAAUCUGUGCUAUCGACGAUUUUCUUAUCCUUCACAUACUGGAAUUGGUUUCCAGGAUUAGCUGCUCCAUUACCUUCCCAAUGAUUGAGGUGGGGCUGGUUGGCCUUCUUGAUAGGAGUGACACUGGAUUUUCUUAGUCCUUUGGCACCUCUACCAGUUAAAAUGAUCAUUAAAGGAUUAUCAAGAGUGGCCUUGCAGUGACACCAGACAGCUCCCUCACCACUUGGGCAUCCCAUCAGGGCCUAUAGACUUUGUAUGUCCAGUUUGUUUAUAUAUUCUCUGAACUGAUCCUCUUCUAUCAUGGGUACAUCUUUCUUGUUCCAGUUUCCCCCCUGGUCUUUGGGACCUAAGAUUUGUGAAAGACAAUCUUACUCAUAAACACUGAGGCAAAGAAGGCAUUCAGUAUCUCAGCAUUUUUCCUGUCUUUUGUCACUGGGUCCCCCAUCCCAUUCAGAGUGCAUCCACAUUUUCCCUGCUCUUGCUUCUGUGACUUAGGCACCUACAGGAACAUUUCUCAGUGUCUUCAACAUCCUUAGCUGGAUUCAGUUCAAGCUGGACUUCUGGCCUUUCUAAAUGCCUCUCUUUAUACUUGGACAGCAUCUGUAUUCCUACUAGAUUGCCUGUCCCUGCUUCCACUAUUUGUAUGCAUCCUUUUAGUGUUUGAGUUUUGCAAGGAGCAAAUUGCUCAUCCAUGCAGGCCCCCUGACAUUUUUCCUGACUUCCUUCUUGUUAGGAUAGACCAUUUCUGAGCUUGUGGGAAGCGAUACUUCAAUAUUAAAUUUGCUUUCAUGGGCCCCUCUUUCCUCCAGGACCUUAUCCCACAGAACUCUUUCAAGCAGAUCUUUGAAGAAGCCACAGUCUGCUCUCCUGAAGUCCAACACUGUGACCUUGUUUUUCAUCCUCCUGUUUGCUCUUAAGAUCCUAAACUCAACCAACUCAUGGUCACUGCAGCCAAGGCUGCUUUUAAUCGUCAUAUUCCCAACCAGCCCCUCCUUGGCGAACAUGAUGUUCAGCAGAGCACUUCUUCUCAUUUGCUCUUCUGUCACUUGGGCCAGGAAAUUGCUAGUACUCCCAAGGAAUCUCCUUUUGCUUUUGCCCUGCUGUGUUUGUCCCUCAGAUAUCUGAGUGGUUGAAGUCCCACUUGAGGACCAAGGCCUGUGAAUGUGAAACUGCUUCUAGCCAUCUGUAGAAAGACUUAUCAACUUGUUCUUUGUUGUCAGGUGGUCUCUAGCAAACACCCACAGGUAUGUCCACCAUACCUGUCUGCUCUUUAACCUUUACCCGUAAGCUCUCAGUUGGCUCACUGUCUGUCCUAAGGCAGAGCUCCGUGCAUUCCAGCUAUGUUUUUACACAAAUGGAAACUUUUCUACCUCACCUCAUCUUCAUGGCCCAUCCUUCCUGAAGGGCCUGUAUUCCUCCAUUGCAACACUCCAGUCAUGCAAGCCAUCCUGGCAGUUGAGAACUGUAUUGGAAACCAGUUGCUCAGUUUAUGUGGAGAGCCAGCAAAAAUGUUGUACUGAAUGUACUGAAAAAUGUUUUUGCUUCCUCAGCCUUGGGAAAAACCGCUGUAAAGUGGGCGUAUGAAAAUCCUGUUUUAACUAAUUGCUCAGUAUGUUCAAAACUGCAGUGCUCCAUUUGUACAACGUUGUGUUGAUAGAAAGCCAAACAUCAGCACUUCCUAUUUAAGAAGGAUUUGAUGCUCAUGAAAGAUGUUUGUUGAGGUAAGGAUGGAAGACUUGUUCAAAAAUCAGGUACUUGGCUGCCAGUGGCUAUUGGCCCUAACAUUUUUUUCUCCUGUGUCUUCACUUUUGAAAGAAGCAGUUACAUAUUUUGUUUCCAUGUCCUGCAGCUGAGGUUAUAUGGUAAUGAAGUUACCUAAGCAAUGUUAGUAUAGGUAAUCAUUCCUUAUGGGUCUUAGGAUAUUCUGCAACCUUACAGGAGAGUGGUGAGGUGCUGGCACAGCUGCCCAGAGAAGCUGUGGGUGCCCCAUCCCUGGAAGCGCUCAAGGCCAGGUUGGACGGGGCCCUGGGCAGCUGAGCUGGUGGGUGGCAUCCCUGCCCACGACAGGGGUUGGGACUGGGUGGGCUUUGAGGUCCCUUCCAACCCAACCCAUUCUGUGAUUCUAUGAUUCUGUGAAAAAAAUGACAUUAAACACUGUAUUUGUGAAGGAAGUGUAUCAUGCUACAGUCAAUUACUGUUGUAUCAAUGCUGUAUUGUAUGAGUUUGCUUUUGUGAAUUACAGACCAAUAUGAUAAAAUUUUCUGCAAAGCACUGAAGCAUGUGCUGUGUUUUGUACUUAAGUUUUAAUCAAGUGCUUAAGGUGGCUUGCUGCCUGGUAGAAUCUACUUGAUUAAGAAGCUCUCCUUGCUGCAAAUCUUACGUGUACUCCUGUUACAGCGUUUGAAUAGUUUAAUUUACAUAAUGAACACCUUAGUCCUUCGACUAGGAGUAUUUUUCUUUUGAGUCAUAUUUAAUAAAACACUCUCUUCUAAUAUCUAUUUUUAUUAAAAAGAGUAAUUAUAUGCUGUCUUCUGAUUGCUAUACUAUUUGUAAAGACUUUGAAAACAGUUGAUUUGGGAAACACUAAGCUAGGUAGCAAAAAAUUUAAAACAUCUGCAGAAUAAUCAGGGGCUGAUGAUGAAUCCACUUUUGCAAGCCACUUAUUGCCAAAGUAAUAAUGCUUCCGCAGGGAGAAAUGGCUUAUCUAAAAUUAAGCAGGAUUACUAGUUGUCUUGUAAUGUCAGUCCCCUCUGUUCAUUGUCUGCUACAAAUGAGAGCCUCUGCCUGAAAGAAAGUGACGAAACGUCUGCAUUAUUACACAUGAAUGCAAAUAAGUGCCCUGAUUUUUCAGAAAUGCACAAAAAUCAGGUCAUUUAGGUGCCAAAGGCAUGGAGACAACCGUUUAAGUUUUUGAACAAGAAACCAGUUGAGAUUUAAAGAAAAAUGUCUGAAAUCUGCAUCUUAGUGCUGAUGACAUUAUAAAUACCUUGUACUGAACUAAAUACUGUUAAAAUAGUGUUUUGCAGCUUCAGUGUGUAGAAUGUAACAUCGAUGUGCUGGUGAAAUGGCUUUCCCUUAGCCUCCUUUACAAGAUACCAUCACUGUCAUGGAUUUAUGUACUGCCUUGGAUGUUUCCGUUACUUCAAAAGCAGAUGUAAGACAGAACAAAGCUGACUUGAUAAAUAAGUUUUUGAUAGGUUAUAGGUUUUCUGAUGGUGCAUAAAUGCCAUUGAGAUGGAAGAUGUUGUCUUUCCUUCAUUUUAUUAAAGCUGGUUCUCAAA